AUGGAGCAAAAGCGUAAUUGUCUCUCACUAUGCAAGUGCGAGGUGACACUGGGGCUGGGCCGCUGGUUCUCAUCAGGGAUUACACUACCGAUUUAUUUUAAAGCAUACUCACGUACCGUCAUGUCGGUGCAAGGUCGUCGAGGCAACGCUCGUCUUCCGCCGGAAGUGAACCGCGUGUUGUACGUGCGUAAUUUGCCAUUCAAAAUCUCCUCCGAAGAGUUAUACGACAUUUUCGGCAAGUACGGAGCCAUCCGGCAGAUCCGUUUGGGCGUCAACAACGACACUCGAGGCACAGCCUUCGUCGUCUACGAGGAUAUUUACGAUGCCAAGAACGCGGUGGACCAUUUGUCGGGCUUCAACGUCUGUGGUCGCUACCUCAUCGUGCUGUACUACCAGGCCAACAAGAUGCAACAGCGUAAGGGCGCAGUCGACAUUAACAAGCAGAAAAAGGAGCUACAGGAUCUGAAGGACAAGUAUGGUGUCGAGUGA